AUGUGGUUGGCCACUCAAACCAGGCCGGACAUCGCGAAUGCAGUACGAGCAGUAGCGCGGUAUUGCGCGUCUCCCAAGAUGGUGCACUGGAAGGCAGCACUUGGUAUUUUAGGGUACGUGCGUAGGACGAGUUGGAUGGGGAUUACAUUUGAGAGGGGAGUGGUCACUGGCAUGAGCAUGCAGGUGUUUGUGGAUGCCGACUAUGCAAGCAAGGCAGCAGACCGUAGGUCGGUCUCAGGAGGACUAGUGAUGUGUGGGGGUGGGUGUGUGACUUGGUUUUCGAGGACGCAGAAGUGCGUCACGCUCUCCACAACGGAAGCAGAGUAUGUGGCAAUUGCCGAUGUCUUGAAUGAAGUGCUUUUCUUUAGGCAGGUUUGGCGUUUUAUGUUGCCAGAUGCAGGUAUGCCGUGCAUUCCGGUCUUCGAGGAUAAUCAGGGAGCGAUUCAGAUUGCGCACAACCCGAUCAUAAACUCAAACUCGAAGCACAUCGAUGUACGGCAUCACUUUAUCAGGGAAUUGGUAGAGAGGAAGGAGAUUUCGAUUACGCAUGUGACGUCGGAGUUUCAGCAUGCAGAUUUCUUGACGAAGGCUAUCAGCAAGGAAACUUUUGCGUUGCAUUGA